UUGUUUAGCUUAUUCACACAGCGCGUUCAGCUUGUAGGCGGUGGUCGACUACUGCGUGACCAUUUGCGUAUAUACGUUCGCGGCGGAACCGGUGGCAAAGGCCAGUUCAAGUAUGGCGGAAUUGGCGGAGAUGGAGGGGACGUUUACCUCGAAGCUAAAAAUAUCACUUUGCAACAGUUGGCUGGUCAACAGCCUAAAAUGCGCUUUAUUGCAAAAUCAGGGAAAACUUGCCGUAAACUGUUUCUUAUUGGAGAAAAAGGAGAAGAUCUUGUUGUGAAUGUCCCGACCGGCAUCACUGUUUCUACCGAUAGUAAGCGGGUGAUUGGUGAAUUGAAUCGAGUCGGCGAUCGGCUUUUGGUGGCAACGGGUGGUGCUGGUGGCUCGGCAGCAACUAAAUACGUCGGUUUGAAGGGAGAGCCUCACAUGCUGCAACUUGACCUGAAGUUGAUUGCGGAUGUCGGUUUAGUUGGCUUCCCAAAUGCUGGAAAAUCAACCUUUCUCAAGGCUGUUUCUGCGGCGAAACCAAAAAUUGCCAGCUACCCAUUUACUACUAUUCGACCACAAGUCGGCAUGAUGGAAUACGAAGACUACAGACAAAUCUCCGUUGCCGACUUGCCAGGUCUCAUUGAAGGUGCGAGCGAAAACGUUGGCAUGGGGCACUCCUUUUUGAAACAUAUCGAGAGGACUAUGUUGUUGUUUCUCAUAGUCGAUGCUGGAGGUUUCCAGCUGAAACUUGGUUCCCCGCACCGCACUCCUAUCGAGACGUUUUAUCUCCUGAACCGGGUAAAUUUGGUUAUAAGAAUUUCAUCGUAA